GAGUGAUUAUUGAUUACAUUGAUGGACUUCGAAGGAAUUCCCAUUGGAAAUACGAUAUUAGCAAGCAAUGUAAUAGCUGUGCAAAAGAAUUCGCAAUCCCAUCUUGACCAUCCUUGCCAUGGCAUGGCUCUGCCAAUACAGACAAUUGUCUCCCGCUCAUCCCCACAGGAAACUCCCAAACAUGCAUCCUUGAUCUCUUGACCCAUAGAGCAUAGUGUGAUGACCUUCCACCUCAUGAGGUCCCUGCUAUGUGUUAGCAUCACAUGAUUAGGUCACAUACCGCGCUCGCCGUUGUUGCAUGAUGUACAGGGUUGUCUUUAGACACAGUACCUUGUUUGUCAAGGUCUUAACUAGCUAGGACUCGCAAUAAAGAAGUAGUCCAUAUCAUUGGACAUGUUCCCGCAAAUCGGUCUGGAAAUACACAACCGCCUGACAGCAGACAAAAUCAUCAGAAUGGGAAAAGAAUUAGGCUCUCGACAGCAGGAGCCAUAAAAAACAGGCAGCUGGUGCAAAGCGGUGCAUUCCUCAUGCAUUGGGUAAGAAUUGACUGCAAUGUCAAGCAGACUCAAUCUAUAGGGUCUAGGUUGCCUGCUGAAUAUGAGAAGAGCUACCAGCAUCGGAGCUGCGUUUGCAUAGCCUUACUAUUUCACACACUGACUAAAAUACCCAGGACCAAGCAUGCAUGCAUUGUCAGCUGCAAGUGCUCCUUGGACAAUUAUUUCAGAGCCUGAUGGCCCCAAGCAGCCCACCCGUGUUUGUGAGAUGCUAGGUUGCCCGAUGCCCGAUCGCGGCCUGAUUCGGGCCAUGAGGCCACGUGUACACAUAGAUCAGUCUACGGGCAAGAAACUGAGAGACCGCCAGAUACCACCCCAAGGGGAACCACUGAAUGUGUCAUGGCUUGAACAGAGUCACCCUGCCGCAGACAGCUGCAGCAAGGUGUGCAGAAUGCGGUCAGCCACAUCGGAGGGCUGGGUACUUCAAUGGCAGACAAGUGAAGGCUGUCUGCUGAAAGUGAGAGCAUCUAUCUGAUGUCCUCAGAACGGACCCUGAUUCCCACUGUGCCUCAUUGGUGCUGCCAGGGAGGGGGCGUCUGUCUGCCUUGCAUCUCUGCAACGUAGUUCUGCGCAGGCACCAUCUCGCCCUUCUCAUUUGCCACAAACAUGCUGCU